CAUUUGUGUUUAAAUAUGUUUGAAUUAUGGACUUACUGUAUUGUAAUAUGCGGGGUGCUUCAGUCCACUGUACCUGCUUUCGAGCUUAAUUUUGACAAUCCUCUAAUCGCACAUAGAGGGUUAGGAUGGCCACACGAUUUGCAUGUCACAGAAAAUCACGAAGCGCUCAUGAAGUUAAUAAUUGAUUUAGACAAUCAAAACUCAUGUGUCUUAACAACUCCCGUAGGAGCUAAAUUCGAUAUCUCUACCCCACCUAGCGACAGGUAUGAAUCUUGGAGUGAUGGAUGUGGAGUUAGAUUGAAAACUGUGAUGAAAGGUGACGAAGGUAGAUGGCGACUUACCGCUUCAAACGCUAGCGAAUCUAUUACAGGAUGGACCGAGUUAUAUGUUAUAGAGGAACCGCCGACAAAUUAUAGCACGCCAAUUUGGCUACAGGAUGGCAAGACUAAUGUGCAAGUGAAUUUGUCAAAUAUCCAUAAUCUGUACUGUUUAGUUGCCAAACCAUUUGAAGAGAGUUCUUUAGUAUCGGGAGACUGCAAAGUGACAUUGCCACGUAUCACGAGAGCGGUGCAAGGAACCUGGAGCGUUGUUUUAGGACUACCGGGGAAGGUUAACGAAGUACAAUUGAGUCGCCGUGUUGUCGUUGAAGGUGAACGGUUGCAUGUCGGAUACACACAUGAGAGUGACACAAAUAAAUUGAAUUUGUACUGCAAUAUUCUUCAUAGUGACAAGAAUAUUACUUUUUGUCGAUUUCAAAGAACGUCACAAACUAACGGAUUCAACGUUGUGGAUGGUUUGAGUGAUGGCUCUCACAGCUAUUAUGGCGACGGGUUUGCUUUGAGACACUGUGGGAUGACCAUAGAACAUCCAACGCAAGAUGACUACGGAACGUGGAGAUGCUCUGUUGGCGUUGAAUUUGUCGCUGAUAACCAUGUUGAGCACUUACCGCCGUUGCAAGCUUUAAUAAGCGUGGCGCCGAGAGUUUCAAUGCGUAGAAGACGAGAUUUGCAUGAAGAGAGUAAAGCCGUUUUUAUCCAGGAGGGUGGCACUCUAAAUCUCAUGUGUCACGCAGACGUGUCACUCAUGUACUGCUGGUUCCAACACCCGAAUGGAUCGCAGUUCACGCCAACUCAGCUUCUUGAUGAACACCAACCGUUUUGGUACACAGGCGCUGGCUUGGAUACAGGUGAAUGUGGUAUAUCAUUUGCUCAUGUUACCAGAAACGAUUCAGGAAGUUGGACAUGUCAUAUGGGUCCAAGAGGACAUUCUGGAAUAGAGGCAAUAGAGGACAUAGAAGUGAGAGUAACAGGAUCCUUAGCGGCAAAUAAGAUCAAACUGAAUGUUCAUGUUGGGGCCGAGCUGACAUUGUAUUGUCACACCUCAAAUGGUAAUCGCCCAUUGGAUUACUGUCGCUUCCUGUCACCUACUUUCUUAGGACUCAAUAUCGAUUCCAGCAUUACACAGGAGAAUGCGAUAUUAAAUCGUUUCUACUUCACUCCCGGAAGAAGUAUCGAUUACGGGGACUGUUCCUUGACUAUAAGUUCUAUCCAAGAAGAGGAUAUUGGGCAAUGGACUUGUGCAGCAAAGCUUGCAGAUGAAGUAAUGGAAGCUAGAGAUACUAUAAUGGUCUAUGUUGCAGUUUCUGACCGUCGCUCUCCAGCAAGUAUCAUAGGAAUGAGUAUUGGUAUCUCAUUCCUAAUCGUCGUCAUUGUUGGAUAUGUUUGGUACAAACGUGGACCAGCUAUUCCAUUGCUGAGCCGAAACCCAAGAGAAUCAGGCGGCAUUGAGUUACAAGCGGCGUCAAAUAGCCCAAGUAUCGUGACGACCAGAUUGAGUGGCUUUAGCAAUAAACCCUUUGAAAGUAGAUCUAGUAAUGACAGCGAACAUUCUGGUAGGUUCAGCAGUAGUAGUAAUGAAACUACUGGUAGGUUGGAUAGCGACAGGGUAGACUUACCACAUCCACUUGCACCACGAAUGUAAAAUGAAACGCAUAAAAUUUAUGUAAAUAAAAAAAUGAAGUAUU